GCUGGGUUUCUGUACAGCACUUUGAGAUAUCAGCUGAUGUACGAAGGGCUAUAUAAAUAAAUUUGAUUUGAUUUAGGUUAAGUUCUUAUUUUGAGAGUGUUAAUAUUUAUCAUCAAUGGCUUAUCGAGGGAGAAAAUCAAGUGAGUUUGACAAACUCCAAAAAGAGAACUCACAGAUGAAGAGUCUCAUCGAAAACCUGAGGAAGCAAAACAUGGCUUUAAACCAACAGGAUGACCAGGACAAGAUUUCAAGUUUUGGCUAUCAGGAGAGCUACCCAGUCCCAGAGGGCCAUCGUGUCUUCAUCAGUGAUGCCAGACUUCUGCAGAUGCAGAGAGCUGAGAGAGAGACCAUGGAAGCAAAGCAAAGAAAGAUAAGUGCUAUCCAUGAGAAUUAUGUCCGGACUGCUCUCAUCGGGGUUGGCAGCACCUUCGCGCACCACUUCGUCCCCUCUAUUCAGUGCAUUCCGUGGCCGAAAGCUCCACCGAGGCCUUUGCCACGAAGGCUUGAGCACAUAGCUCUGGCCCCACUGAAGAACGUGGUGGGGGUGGACGGAGCCCAAGUUCGACCCGGAUCUCACUCUCUGGAGUCCAUCCAGGUAAAUAAGUCAUUCAGCAGCAGUAGCGUGUGGCCUGUUCCCGUCCCUCCCACUGGAGCUCCCUCCAAGAGGGGCAAGAAGAAGAAGGGCAGGCGGGGAGUCAAAGCCCUGAAAGUCCAGUCGGAUCAGGGCUGUGCUGACAACAAUGGACCCAUUGACCUGAUGGAGGAGGUGAGGGACAUCGAGCCUCACCUGAAGGAGGAGGCCUGGAAGGUGGUACAUGAGGUGAAGGCCAUGGGCAGGAGAAGUUUGGGCUCGGCCAUGUCCAUGGGGGAAAUAGCCACCAGCUCUCUGGGAAGCCUGAGCUCAGUGGAUAUGAACACCCCUGCGGAGCUCCGUGACUACUUGGAUGUUGGGACCCCGGUCAAGUUGCGUGACAGCCCACCCAGGCCUGCUCCCCCUCCUACCAAGCCCAGGAGCAAACAGCCUCGGCCUAUAAGGUUCCUUAGCCUGCCAAAGGCUGCCACCGGCUCAGGGAGAAGAAGAUCGAGGGCUUGACCUUUCUCCGUGUGAUGGCUCAGAACCACAUGGACAUACUGAUGCCUAAACUCCAUGAUAUCUGCCUUGCCAUUAUAAAUGAGGUGAAGAACCUGCGCUCUGCAGUGUCUUUUGCUGACAGUGAGGUGGAGGGGACGGCACGCGUGCUGCUGCACAAAGCCAGCGAGGCCAACUCCUUCAUCCGGCAGGGCGCCAACUUU